UUUAAAUGUUUCAUUGUUACUUGUCUCAGUGUCGCUAUCUUUACACAGCAGGUCAACUUGUACCAGGUGCCAGACCGAGCGGCUACUGUCCCAUGGGCUACAAUCCUCUUAUGACUACGCAGUGUCACUGAGUCUGGCAGACAUUGGCGCUCAAAUGAUCAAAGAGUGGCUUCACUGGCGUCAAGCUGGGCCCAUUCCGGGAGUCACCCUUGUUGACUUCAAGAGAUGUGUGCUGGUCAUUGGACCUGCUCAUCUGCCUCUGUCUUGGUGAAGCAACCUACCAGUUCUCAAAACGGGCAUAAAAUGUUUGCCAUGACGCCGGUGGCAUGAGUGACGGCCAAGCGAGCGCGUUUGAUCAAUCAUGGCCCGGCAAAGAUCAAAAAGCCUCUCUGCCUCGGGCGCUGGGCAAGGCGGCGAGCCGCCCCUUAUCAACACCACGCAGGCUGCGAUCGAUGUGUUUCUUGCAUCCAAACAAGCCAACGGACAGAUUGCCGGCCUGGGCUACUGGCAAGUCGCCAACGGGUAUACUGCCAUUGCCCUCCAUGACAGCUGGUCCAAUACCACCGGCAACGCGGGGAUUCUGCACGAACUCCUCGUCGAGGUCGAGACCAACGUGACCGACUGCAUCGACGAUUUCAACGACGAUUCCAUGUGGUGGGGGAUCUUCUUGCUAGAAAUGUAUGAUCUUACCCAAGACUCCAGUCACCUUUCCGUGGCCCAGAAUAUCUGGACCCAUGUCCGAGACUUUGUCAUCCCCCCUGGGAAAUACAUAAUCAAUGGCACCGACAUGGAAGGCGGCGUCAUGUGGAGCAACAUGAACAACGAAACGCAGGUCAACGCCAUCACCACGGGGUUGUUUUCCGAGCUCUGCGCACGGCUGGCACUUGUGCAAGCGGACGUCAAAGCUCGAAAAGACUUCCUGCAGUUUGCAGUAUACAGCCUUUUCUGGAUUCUGCGGUGCCGAUACGUCUCGGACGAGUUUUUGGUUUUGGACAACAUUAAUCUCGAGACGGGUAAGUGUUUCGACUGGUCAUUUACUUACAACACGGGCCAAGCCAUUGCCGCAGCCAUGGCCAUUUACGAUGUCAUGAAACGCACACCGGCACAACCAGCACAUUCGCCAGGCGCCGGCACGUACCUGGAUAUGGCCUGCAACAUGGCCCGCGCCGCCAUGACCCGGCCCACCUGGGUCGAUCCGGAUGGCACACUGACAGAACGUGGCGCUUAUCCAGGCACCGGACCGAAUGCAAAGACGGCAUCUGAAAAUGACGAUGCCGUGGGGUUCAAGGCUGUCCUCCUGCGUAGUCUGGCCAAACUCUACAGGAUCUUACUGAGAGACCAGACAUACCCCGACUUACAGGAGCAGCUGGCCAAGUUCAUUAUCUGGCAGUACCAGAGCCUUCAACAGCGCGAUACCAACGGCAACGGUCAGUACGGUCCUUGGUGGGCCGGGCCGAUGGACUUGCCUACCAGUCACAGCCAGCUCGCCGCGCUGGAUGUCAUGGCUGCCAUUCAUGCCGUGACACACAACAGCACGGAUUGAGAAGAUGUCUUGCGAUGGAUUGUAGUGUCACGCUUGCCUUUAGCGGACAUGAGAGAAUCCGACUACGCGCCAGAAAACGGGCAGUCCUUGUUCGCUCCCUGGCUCGCUGGCCUGCUUGAACGAGAGCGCUAGCGACCUAGGUCAUUCACCGCCCUCUCAUGGUGUGCGGCGUCCGCGCUCUUGACCAACUUAGACCACAGUACCCGGCCUGGGCAAUAGGCAUCCAAGGAAGGUAUAAAGAAGUACCCUCCGCUACUGCAAAGAUUACAUAUAAUGCUCUUAUACCCAGAACCGACAGCACCGAGUUCCAUGAGACUGGCCGGCUGGCAUUGGCAGAGUGGCCUUUGAGCAAGACACGCCAGCCACUGAACAGUCUUUGGAUAUCUGUUUUCCCAAUUUCAUUAGAAAUACUCUGGAUACAUGUAUGUAGAACACGAUUAACGGCUAGGUCAGCUUUAACUUCGGCCGUUCGUUCCGUCCGGCAUAGCCCCUU